AUGCCCAAAUCAAAGAAACCCCGUCCGACUUGCGCCCGCCGUAUUCCCCAGAAGCACGAUCUAUAUCCACACCUCUCCUCGACAAACGAUCAGCCUCUGGACUCCGAAGUCGACGAGAUCCGUUUGGUCAUCGAAGACACAAAAUUACGCCUCGAAGAACAACAGAAAGCCCCUCAGCUUGAUGUCGCUCAAACUCGGCAAGAAUCGAAGGAACUGCGAGCAAUCAUCAGGACUUGCAUGAAGAUCAUACACCCGAUACGCUGUCUACCAUUCGAGAUAAUCGGCGAGAUCCUCCUCCACACGCUUUCAGGACCCGACCACUGGAACAACUACCCGGAGGUCCAUGACUACCACCACGGCCCUUGGGCAUACAGCCGCGUAUGUCGACGAUGGAGAGCCGUUGCCAUCUCUUUACCCCGACUCUGGUCGGAACUCCUUGUACCCUCAAACUGCGGCUCCUACUGGCUCCACGUCAAGAACCCCAUUGGCCGUCUACAGCUAUGGCUCCGUCGCUCCGGCUCUUGUCCUCUUCGCAUCCUAUACAGCGCCUCGGGUAAAUGCAGGCCCAAAGAGCACGACACCAUCACCUCCCUGCUCUUCGAGCAGAGUGAUCGGUGGGAGGUAUUCAGAUGGAUUGGGUGUUCAGAUCCCGAGCGCUUCGAGCGGCUUAGCGAGGUGGUUGGACGGGUCCCUCUUCUUCGCCACCUAGAUCUGCAAUACACCAUUGCAGACAAUCCACAAGAACUGGAGACGGCAGCCUCGUACACAGGUUUUACGGCUCUGCAGCCUCGUUUGGUUCGAUUCCAUGCCGAGAGAUUCCUGGUUGAUCCUUUCGAACUGCUCCGUCUCGCGCCCAAUCUCUGGGAAGUCGCCCUGGUGUUGAAUCGCGCACACGGGGAUAUUCCAAGAAAAUGGUUUCCCCCAAGUCGAUUGACGCACUCAAGCAUACGACGUCUCGUCGUCAACCACCCCUAUAUGAUCGCAUUACCCAACCUCAUCCUCCCCCAGCUCAAAUGCCUGGGUCUUCGUUCUUUCACCCUCGACGACAUGCACCUUGUCGCUGGGCUCAUCCACCAAAGUCGGUGUCCCCUUACGAAUUUCUUCGUCCAAGGCCAAUACCGUUUUCACUCGUCCCUUGUCCAGGUUCUGCAGGCCACUCCUGCUCUGGAGCUGCUGACGCUAGCAGGAGACGAUUCCAUGCCGCUGUAUCAAUAUCAAGAGGGCAUUUUGGAGCAGCUAACGAUUCAGGAAGGGUUUCCAGUCCUUCUCCCCGCUCUAAAGGUCUUUUCUUGUGAUGUUAAAGGCGUUGAUCCUGAGGCCUUGGUUGCGAUGCUGGAGUCCCGCUGCGAGGAGGGACAUCUACAGAAAGUCAAGUUAUGGUGCGCUCAAACUCCCGUCAAGAAAUGGGUGGGUGCGCGUUUUCUGCGACGUGUCACUGAUUUGAGGAAGAAGGACGUGGAAGUGGUUGUCGAGGACAUUCCUUGGAGUAAUUUUUCCCAGAAGAUGGAGGAUUUAGUAGAGUCGUAG